UGUCCAUUAGUAAACGUCGAUGGAGUACACGUACUGUAUUCAAUUAUGCAUUGAGCAUAUUCCAUAGAAAGUAUACUCAUAGAUAAGUCUUUUACUUUUACUUUGUCCUCUCAUCGUUAGAUGUCACAAGAUUUAGUACCACGCCAAGCGACUCAUCUAUGACCCACUAGCUCUGUGAUUACCUUCGAAAGUUCAGUUUCUCAUUUAACCGGUUUAUCACACGAAUACAUAACUAUUUCAAACUUUAUAAACUUCUUAAUAAAGAAAAUUAAUAACAAAUGGAAAAUAUGCAUUAAACGAUUAAACAUUGCAAACCUUUACAAACUCAAAACUAACAAAUUUCGACAAUACCUACUUGACAAUUAAGAAAUAUUUAUUAGUGUCAUUAACUAGACAAUUAUUUUCCCAUUAUGAUAUUCCAAAUUUAAUGUAUUGCGAUACUUACCAGCUAAGACAAUGCCUUUAAUCUCGAAAAAGAAAUUUCGUCCUCAGAGAGUGAUCAUUCCCAAAGGUCUUGUUGAUCCUGAAGAAGUGACUAUUUUAGAAAUUCCACUAUGCUUAAAAGACGAACCAGUUGUAAUAGCUAGAAAAAAAAAUUUCCAUCCAAACGAUCCACACUCGGAAGAGGGUAACGAUAGAAUUUCUUCAGCGUGCUCAUCUCAGGUGUCUCUUCCUUUAUCAUACGAUCAAAAUAAUCGCCCUAACUCGGCAAAACCUGGAAACUUAAGACCCUCCUCUGUUUGUGGGAAUUGCCCUAACCGAACGUCGACGCCUUUUUCUCCUUCCCUAAGUCCAGAACAACUUCAGACUAUGGAAAAAGAAGAGUGUGCUGCAUUAUUAAAUGAUCUUAAUCAGUUUCAACAGGCACGCAGAAAUUUAAUUUUACAUACAACGUCGUUUGCUAGUCAUCCUACUUCGAGUUCGUUUAUUAAUAAUAAUAAUAAUAAUAAAAUAAGUUCCUAAAUAUAAUUUAUGUACCGGUUCAGUUUUUCAAUAA